AUGGCAAGAAUUCUGGAUAAAGAAACAGUCAUUUUUGUGCCUUUUGGUACAAUGAGCAAUCUCAUUAGUGUUAUGGUUCACUGUGAGAUUAGAGGAAGUGAAGUGAUUCUUGGAGAUCAAAGCCAUAUUCAUCUUUUAGAGAAUGGAGGGAUUUCGACAAUUGGAUGUGCUCAUUCAAGAACAGUUCCGAGCAAUUUGGAUAGAACCAUGGAUAUCAAUUUUAUUGAACCUGCAAUCAAGGAUUCUGCAGAGGCCAUGUGUUAUCCGACUACACGUCUUAUUUUCUUGAAGAAUAUGCAUGCUAAGUAUGUUUCUCUUCUGGUUUGA